AUGAAAAAUACGAUAAAAUAUAUAUGUUUGCUUGAUUCAAAAAAUGUUCCUAUUAUUUGUAGGAAUUAUGAAAACUUUGAUGAAGCCUUUAUAGAAUUGAUUAUCAAUACAUAAUGCGAUUUGAUUGAGCUUGCUUAUCAAAUUUCGCCUAAUAAUGGUUAUAUGGGAUAAAUCGGAAUUUUGAAUGAAUUGAAAAUAUUUGGAUUCAUGAGUAUGACCGAGAACAAGAUAAUAAUGAUUUGUACAAAGGAGGAAAAGAGACCCAAGGAUCUGUUGAAAUAGAUCUAUGAUUUGUAUAAAUCUUAUAUUUUGAAUCCUUUUUUCGAAGAAAAGAAUCUCUAAGACCUAUUGAAAAAAAUUGAUGAUUGUGUUAAUUCUUAUAAUUAUAAUGAUGAGUGA